AUGGCUGCUGAGGGGGCCGCCCGGUCAGGGAGCGGAGUGGCGGGCAUGGUGUGCAGUCUCUGGGUCCUGGGGCUGGCGUCCUCAGUUCUGGCUCUGGAAGAGGUGCUUCUGGACACCACUGGAGAGACAUCCGAGAUUGGCUGGCUCACCUACCCGCCAGGCGGGUGGGAUGAAGUGAGCGUUCUGGACGACCAGCGACGCCUGACUCGGACCUUCGAGGCAUGCCAUGUGGCAGGGGCCCCUCCGGGCACCGGGCAGGACAACUGGCUGCAGACACACUUUGUAGAGCGACGAGGAGCGCAGAGGGCACACAUCAGACUCCACUUCUCAGUGCGGGCGUGUGCCAGCCUGGGCGUGGCCGGAGGCACCUGCCGGGAGACCUUCACGCUUUACUACCGCCAGGCGGAGGAGCCCGAUGGCCCCGACAGCAUUUCCUCCUGGCACCUCAAACGCUGGACCAAGGUGGACACGAUUGCAGCGGACGAGAGCUUCCCCGCCUCCUCCGCCUGGGCCGUGGGCCCGCGCGGCGCUGGGCAGCGGGCCGGGCUGCAGCUGAAUGUCAAAGAGAGGAGCUUCGGCCCCCUCACCCAGCGAGGCUUCUACGUGGCCUUCCAGGACACGGGGGCCUGCCUGGCCCUAGUGGCGGUCAAGCUCUUCUCCUACACCUGCCCCUCCGUUCUCCGCGCCUUCGCCUCCUUCCCUGAGACGCAGGCCAGUGGGGCCGGAGGCGCCUCCCUGGUGGCCGCCGUGGGCACCUGUGUGGCUCACGCAGAGCCAGAGGAGGAUGGAGGUGGGGGACAGGCCGGGGGGAGCCCCCCCAGGCUGCACUGCAAUGGGGAGGGCAAGUGGAUGGUAGCUGUUGGGGGCUGCCGCUGCCAGCCAGGGCACCAGCCCGCCCGUGGAGACAAGGCCUGCCAAGCCUGCCCCGGGGGCUCCUACAAGGCCACGGCUGGGAACGCCCCCUGCUUGCCCUGCCCAGCCCGCAGCCACGCCCCCGACCCUGCGGCGCCUGUUUGCCCCUGCCUUGAGGGCUUCUACAGGGCCGGUUCCGACCCCCCAGAGGCCCCCUGCACUGGUGAGUCUCCCACCAGCCCAGGGGGUGGAAAUGGGACUGGGGGCGGCAGAGAAGGGGAGCCCGAGGGCUACACAUGGGGACUUGGGGUGAAGUAUUACAUCGACCCCUCCACGUACGAGGACCCCUGCCAGGCCAUCCGGGAGUUUACCAGGGAGGUGGAUCCCGUGUAUAUCAAGAUCGAGGAGGUCAUUGGGGCAGGCUCCUUUGGUGAAGUACGCAGGGGCCGCCUGCAGCCCCGGGGACGGCGGGAACAGGCUGUGGCCAUCCAGGCCCUGUGGGCUGGAGGCACCGAGAGCCUCCAGAUGACCUUUCUGGGCCAGGCUGCAGUCCUGGGCCAGUUCCAGCACCCCAACAUCCUGCGGCUGGAGGGCGUGGUCACCAAGAGCCGGCCCCUCAUGGUGCUGACGGAACUCAUGGAGCUGGGUCCCCUGGACAGCUUCCUCAGGCAGCGGGAGGGCCAGUUCAGCAGCCUGCAGCUGGUGGCCAUGCAGCGAGGAGUGGCCGCAGCCAUGCAGUACCUGUCCAGCUUCGCCUUCGUGCACCGUGCCCUCUCUGCCCACAGCGUGCUGGUGAAUAGCCACCUGGUGUGCAAAGUGGCUCGUCUUGGCCACAGUCCUCAGGGCCCAAGUUGUAUGCUUCGGUGGGCAGCCCCAGAGGUCAUCGCUCACGGAAAACAUACAACGUCCAGUGACGUCUGGAGCUUUGGGAUAGUGAUGUGGGAAGUGAUGAGUUAUGGAGAGCGACCCUACUGGGAUAUGAGUGACCAGGAGGUGCUAAAUGCAAUAGAACAGGAGUUCCGGCUUCCCCCACCUCCAGGCUGUCCUCCUGGACUACAUCUGCUCAUGCUAGACACUUGGCAGAAGGACCGUACCCAGCGGCCCCAUUUUGACCAGCUGGUGACUGCGUUUGACAAGAUGAUCCGAAAGCCAGACACUCUACAGGCUGACGGUGGCCCUGGGGACAGACCUUCCCAGGCCCUUCUGAACCCUGUGGCCCUGGACUUUCCUUCUCUGGACUCACCCCAGGCCUGGCUUUUGGCCAUUGGACUGGAGUGCUACCAAGAAAACUUCUCCAAGUUUGGCCUCUGCACCUUCAGUGAUGUGGUCCAGCUCGGCCUGGAAGACCUGCCUGCCCUGGGCAUCACCCUGGCCGGCCACCAGAAGAAACUGCUGCACAACAUCCAACUCCUUCAGCAGCACCUGACGCAGCCGGGCUCAGUGGAGGUCUGA